CUAGCAACAGGUAGUAUUCCUGUCUGAACACAGCAGUUGCUCGUCUAAUCUGAGAAGAGGUAACAUUGACUGGCAGCUGGAACUGUUCCGAAUUCCAGUACUGUCAGUCUGAAUAUUUAUAUAAACAUUUUGGACAACAAUGAAAAAGAAUGUCAUCAACUUCCCGUGGGAAAACUGAAACUCCAAAAAGGAAAGUCAAGUCUGCGUCUUCAGUACACUCAGUGACUGCAAAUAAACCUCAGCCUAGGCCCAGUGACCGACUGAACCCAAAGACAGUCGAUCCAUUCAGUGGUCCACUGAGAGCUCAGUCCACAUUUGCAGCAGUGUAUUCUAAAGGAGAUAUACCCUGCAGGUUAGUUCAUGGCUCAGUUAAACACAGGUUACAGUGGGAGAGUCCACCAGAGACUAUUCACUUUGACCCUCUACUUAUCACACUUGCUGAGGGUCUAAGAGAAACAAAACACCCAUACACGUUUGUGUCAAGGGAAGGCUUUAAAGAAUUACUUCUUGUUGAUGGGGCUGCUGAGAAAGCCAUCCCUUUGCUGGCAAAGUUGGUGCCAGCACUAAAAGCGGCUCUGGUUCACACUGAUUCCGAUGUCUUUGAAAGGGGUUUAAAUGGCUUGGUUCAGUUAAGUGCUGCUGUUGGCCCUGCUCUGAAUGACCAUCUUAAACAUUUACUCACCAGUCUAUCAAAGAGACUAAUGGACAAAAAAUAUAAAGACCAAGUGAUGAGUGGAUUACAGAAACUGGAGCAGUAUGGUGGCAAGCCCAGUCUUGCUGUUAUCAAAUCCAAAGUUCCAACCUACAGUUCUAUUUUCUCAUGAGAACAUGUGUUCUAAAAAAAUGUCAUUGUCUGAGUUUUCUGCAGUGGGCCUGAAGACAUGGAUUUUUUUUCUUUAAAUUGUACACAUUAGCCAUGUAUAAAUGUCCAUUUUGUAUGUUU